AUGGCCACAUGGAACUUGGGCCGGAGGCCCUGCCGCACACUCGGACUCUUGCUGCUGGUGCUCCUGAGCUUCCUGGUGCUCCGCAGGCUCAACUGGCAGAAUGUGCUGCCCCGGUGGCUGUGGUUCCGGCAGAGAGGGUUACGGGCGGCUGGGCAGCACUUCCUGCUGGAGGAUUCCACCUUCUGGAUACUGGGCGGCUCCAUCCACUACUUCCGCGUGCCCCGGGAAUACUGGAUGGACCGGCUGCUGAAACUGAGGGCCUGUGGCCUGAACACCCUCACCACCUAUGUACCCUGGAACCUACAUGAGCCAGAAAGAGGCAAAUUCGACUUCUCAGGGAACUUGGACCUACAGACCUUCCUCCUGAUGGCCGCAGAGGUCGGGCUGUGGGUGAUCCUGCGCCCAGGCCCCUACAUCUGCAGUGAGAUGGACCUUGGUGGCCUGCCCAGCUGGCUGCUCCAGGACUCCAACAUGAUGCUGCGGACCACGUAUGCUGGCUUCACGCGUGCUGUGGACCUGUAUUUUGAUCACCUGAUGGCCAGGGUGGUCCCCCUGCAGUACAAGCAUGGAGGCCCCAUCAUCGCCGUGCAGGUGGAGAACGAAUAUGGCUCCUACAGCAGAGACCCUGCCUACAUGCCCUACAUCAAGAAGGCCCUGGAGGACCGGGGGAUUGUGGAGCUGCUCCUGACCUCGGACAACAAGGAUGGCCUAAGCAAGGGCGUUGUGGACGGAGCUCUGGCCACAAUUAACCUGCAGUCUCUGGGGGACCUGCAAGUGCUGAACGACUUCAUACUGAGCACCCAGGUGGUCCAACCUAAGAUGGUGAUGGAAUACUGGACAGGCUGGUUUGAUGUGUGGGGCAGCCGGCACAAUAUCCGGGAUUCUUCGGAGGUCCUGCAGACAGUAAAAGCCUUGCUGGACGCCGGCUCUUCCUUCAAUCUCUACAUGUUCCAUGGCGGCACCAACUUUGGCUUCAUGAAUGGGGCAACGCACCAGGGCCAGUACCAGGCAGAUGUCACCAGCUAUGACUAUGACGCGGUGCUGACCGAGGCCGGGGACUACACUGGGAAGUUCAGCAAACUGCGGAACUUCCUCUCCUCUGUCACAGCAAAGAAGCCCCUUCCUCGGCCCCCUGACCUGCUCCCCAAAGCUGCCUAUGAUCCUGUGAGCUUCUUGUGGUACUUACCACUCUGGGAUGCCCUCGAGUACCUGGAUGAGCCAGUGACCUCGGACUGGCCCUUGAACAUGGAGAACUUGCCCAUCAACAAUGGCAACGGACAGGCCUUCGGAUAUGCACUGUACGAGACGAGCAUCACGGCCCCUGGCACCCUGCAGGCCCAUGUGCGCGACUGUGGCCAGGUGUUUGUGGACAGCAUGUCUGUUGGAGUCUUAGACUAUGACCACACCGAGGUCCAUAUCCCCUUCGUCCAGGGUUACUCCAAGCUGAGGAUCCUGGUGGAGAACCGUGGGCGGGUCAACUAUGGGCCUAUGGAUGGACAACGCAAAGGCAUCAUUGGAAAUGUCUCUCUCAAUCACUCUCCCCUGAAAAAAUUCAAAAUCUACAGUCUGGAAAUGAAGAAGGAAUUAUUCCCGAGGUUCCACAAGAAGUGGACCCAUGUCCCUGAGGUCCCUACCCUGCCUGCAUUCUUCACUGGCUCCACAACCAUCAUGAUGCCUCCCUCUGACAGCUUCAUGAUGCUAGAGAACUGGGAAAAGGGGGUUGUAUUCGUGAAUGGCCGAAACCUGGGACGCUAUUGGAACAUUGGGCCUCAGAAGACCCUCUACCUUCCGGGACCUUGGUUACAUCAGGGCAUCAACCAGCUGGUGGUCUUCGAGGAGAAGGUGGCAGGUUCCGUGGUGCUGUUCUCGGAGACCCCACAUCUGGGCAGGUUGCAGUACAUCAGCUGAGCCCACAUCCCCACUGCACCCUACUGUGUAUGCUUCUGAUUUGGACCUGGGAGUGGAGGGACUGGCUGGGGUGCUCUGCUGACACCCUGGGGACCCUAUUUUCUGGAGGUAGCUGCUGGGGAGCCCUUGGGGGUGCAGAUGGAUACUGUGGCAGCUGGGGGCUGUGUCUACUUGGUUCCAGCUCCCUGGCAGAUGUUGCCUCCUUUAUGUUCCUUUCUAGUACCAUCUGAGGGUGUCACCAGGGAGGGCUGUAGGCAAGCUGGGAGGACAGGAGAGGGCACCAGGAGAAAGGGCAGGUAUGAGGUGCUGUGCCCGUGUUCCAAGCAGCACCCAGUCUCACAGCUGUGGGGUGCUCUGGAGUGCAGUGGCUGGGCUUGUUCUCCUCUAACGGCAAUAAAACUAUAAAUAAAAUUGGACUAACCUCUGGGGUCAUGGCCCUGCA